GUGGACUCGGAAAUCUGGCACGACACCAUCCGGCAGCACAGGGCCCAGCGAAGCAGAGUCAGGUACUCAUUACAUCUUUGUGGAGUCCAGCAGUCGCAACCAUCCUGAUGUGCGGUUCGUGCUCCAGAGUGCCAAUUUCUCAAGCGGGUCAAGCGAUCGUGCGCUGUACUUCCAAUGCAGCAUGUACGGCUCCAGCAUGGGCAGCCUCGCACUCGAGUUUGCCAGCACUGCUGGCUGGACGCAGCUUUGGGAGAAGUCAGGAGACAAGGGUGCAGGAUGGUUUCCAGUCGCCGUCACAAUCCCCGGAGAGGCUACUGCCUUGCGCUUCGUUGGAAUCACAGGCUCGUCGUACCGGAGCGAUAUGGCCUUGGACUCCAUCGUGGCAUCUGAGAUGGCACCGACGCCGCCACCUCCAAUGCCUGUUGACCAGGCACUCAGCUGCGACUUCGAGUCCGACUUUUGCAACUGGCUCUUCAAAAAUGUCGGUGAGGAGGAGUGGAGACGUAAGUCAGGGAACACGCCGAGUUCCAACACUGGCCCGAGCUCAGCAUACACUGGAACAUAUUAUGUCUACACAGAAGCGAGCGGUGGCAACAAGAACAAGCAGUUCGUCUUGGAGUCGCCUACCUUUGCGAUCUCGUCGUCCAGGAAAAAGAUCUCCUUCUGGUACCACAUGAAGGGAAGCAAAAUGGGCGACUUGAAAGUGAUGUCUUCAGUGUAUCCAGGAACAGGAGCUGCCUGGAACACAAUCUUCGCCGAUUCUGGCAGCCAGGGAGAUCAGUGGAUACAUGCUGAAGUGGAGAUUCCGGGUGAUGUCAACAAGCUGCGCAUCGUUGGAGAGACCGGAAAUGGGUGGUCGAGCGACAUAGCUGUAGACGACAUCACGGUAGUCUGA